GGCAGGCCUCGUUCGUCGGUAGUUUCGUUCCGAAGCUUUUUCUCACGGGAGGACGAGCAUAGCCGGGGAUCCAUUUGUCGGCGAACAGUCGAUAAAAUGCUACCGCGAAGGUAGUGGCGAGAUCUGUACGCGCGGUCAUCAUGAUUUCGGUGGUACUUUCGUCCUAGAAAGUUGGCCGAGAUCGCUGGGAAGGCGAGAGACACAAGGGAGGAGGACCAGCUCGGUCUUCGCGAGAGAUGGGCAAGAAGGGUUCUAAGCGAAAAACCCGAUGGAGAACUCUCAGCAUUGGUGCUCCGCCAGGCGAGGAGGACGAAGAGGAAGGAUUGAGGAACGGUUACGUGAAGGGCCAAGAGAACGACACAGGCGGUCACAAUUUCGAGCGUAACGGUCAAGGCGGCGGAUACAAGUCCCGACGGAGCGGAAACGGUAGCAGCAGCGGUUACAAUGGCGGCGGGGCCCGGUCCCACAGGGACGAGUCCGACGGCACGCCGUCCAAACCGAAGAUCAUAUUCAACGAGGACGAGUACACGAGAAUUACAACGCCGCGGCAGGACAUGCUGUUCAAGAAGGGCUAUUUGUCGCGGAAAAAACCCUGGGCGGGUAACGCGAGCACAAGCGCCACCCCGUCGACCACUGAGAGCCAAUCGGCGUCGCAUUCCACCGCAGAUGGCAGCGAAACGACUGAGGAUCAACAGCUGUUGGACAGAGACUGUGGCGCCAGUGAGAAUCCACCGAUGGUGGAGUCCAGGGCGCAGUUAGGUUACGGGACAUUCUACGACCACGCAAGUGGUUACUAUUACGAGUAUCCGGUGAUGUUGGUCGGUCCCGCGCCAGUACCGGCUCAGGUCGGGCCUGGUGUACUGGCGGCUGUGCCAUGCGAACCGGUCCCCCUGAGGCCGAUCGAGUGGAUCAAUCCUGCGUUCAUGCCGAAAUUGACUGAUCAACCGUACUGCAUGAUGAACUAUCAGACGGCCGCGGAGACCACUGUGACUUUGGUCGAGGAGCAAGAGACCAGCACGGUACCGGUGGAGAACACGAACGGCACGUGCAACGAGAGCGGCACAGGAAGCGGUGCUAGUUCCACCGGAAGCGUGGCCGGUGAAGUGGAGGAACACGCCGCAGAGGCGGCGAACAAUACGGCGAAGGAGGAUCCGACCGAGAUGGAUCGUCGUAAGAUGGCGGAGGAACAACCGGAGGACAUGUACAUGGACGAGCAUUACGUGGAGGAGCAGUGUUUGGAGAACGGAAUGAACGGCGGGACGUAUCUGAAACCGAUGUUGAUGCCUCAACCGGUCCACGUGUCACACGUGAUACCGGCGGUGCCGCAACCGUACAUGUACCCGGGCCACUACAUGUUCGGGCCCCCAUUGGUCAACGUGAACGGUGUUACCAUACAGGGUGGACCCAUGAUCAGGACUACGGACGUGGCGGUUAUGUCGGCGGCCUGUGCCAAACGAAGAAAGAAGAAAAAGAGAAGAAAGCAGAGACUUGCUGCGGUUCAACAUCCUAACAAUCUCUCCAAAAUCCAGGGUAACACGGAGGACGAGGAGGAAGGAGAGUACAGCUCAGAAUGUGAUACCGGUCGACCGUCUUCCCGACUGUCUUGGACAGCGUGUUCAACUUCGACGACGACGACGACGACGACAACGACAACGACAAUCGGCACCCGGACGCUGAACCCCGAAUGCCAGGAGUUCCAGUUGCGGCCAGUCGUUGAGCUUAAUACCCCGAUUUCCGAACCCGAAGAGGGUUCGGUCGUGAAUCAAUCCAGCGCGUUAUCGUCCGACACAGCGUCCAUCGACCAGAACAACGAGCCGUGCAACGGUAUUGCCGAUGAUUCGAAGGACCGGGUCGACGAAUUGAUCGGUGAGAAAUCGAAGCAAAUCAACGGAUCGCUGUCAGACGGUCAGCCAAGCCCGCUAGAAGCGGCGACGGAUCAGAAUAAUGAAGCGAACAGACUGACUAACUGCUUCGUCGACGACGAGGAAACGCUGUCGGCGAACGAGGUUACGACUGACGCCGAUUUGCCGCCGGUUGGCGACACCAACAAUCUACCGAACGACUCAUCGGGUACCAACGAGUCGCGCGAACGAUCGAGGAAAGAAGUGAACGGAGUCAAAGAGAAAGCAGCCCUAACGAAUGGGAAACUCGAUUCCGACUCGAGCAACGAGGACACGACGACGACCACCGUGGUGGCAUCGAAGCCGUCAUCGUUGCACAACGACGAGAGAACACGUUCCAGAUCAGGCACGCCAAAGACUGAGAGCGUGGAGAAAGGAGAGAACCACGAAUCCUUAACUAACGCUAAGUCAUCAUUACCAAAGAGAAAGUACAGUGCAAAGGGUACGAAGUUUGUAAGGGAGCCAACACCCGGGCCGGAUCUAGAUAGCACCGCGGAGCAGACGGCAGAGAUGGUGAACGAUGUAACCCAGAGUCUGAAUAACGUAAGUCUGAACGAUUACACGAAAGGGGAUUCAACGUUCGGACGCGAUAAGACUGAAAACGAGGUGUCCAGCAAUUGCAUGUCGAAAACUGUGAGUAAUCACUUGAUCAAAGAGGAACCGAUCGAGACUUCCAACGAGGACUCAGGGUUCGAGAGCCAGACGACGAGACACUCUGACUAUCCUAUCACGGAGGCAGUGACCGAAUGGCUUCGCAGAGUGAACUCGCCGGAUAUGUUCAUCACAUCGACCGUCAGGGACAGCGAAACGGAGGACGAGGAUGAGGUGGAAGAGCCGCCAAAAAACUUGCAAGGCAACCCCAUGCCUGCACUAUCUGCUAAUGGCGGCGCAGACAAUCUAGGGUUGUCGCGCACGACUAGCUGCGGCGAAUUCGCAAGGAUCAGUAACGUCAAGAGCACGGACCAGCCGGAUAUUACCAAUGGCGGGUCGAGGAAGAGGAAGGACGGUAAGAGGAAAACGGGGGAACGGAAACGGGUCAGGCACGUCGAAGGCAAGCUGGACGAGGUGGUGUCUUCGUCGGACUCCUGUGGCCAACACGAGGACCCUGUGAACAGGAAGAAGAACUCCGCGAAGGACGUUGGUGACGUUUGCGAAUUUACUGAGAAGGAUAGCGUUGCGGGUAUGAGGGUUGCAUCAAGCUCUCGGAUGGACUCGAAGAGAAUCAAUGCAAGGCGAACGAAAAGACAGGGAGGGGGGAGGUCCAACAGGGAUCCCAUGAACAAUAACGAGAAGAUUAAGCAUCUAGAAGACACGGAGGACGGGAAUGACAAGGGAACUACUGAAGACACCAUGAACGUGAAGACAUUUGAAAAAGGAGAGAUAGUGGUCUCUGAGGAUGGUAAGUUGUUGACGACUUCGACCUAUGAGACAGUUUGGAACAGCGAUGCUCCGUUGGUCAUUGAAACGACCAAAAACGAAACAACCAAACAGCCAGUCAGAAAGAUAGAGGGCAGGAGUAGCAGCGUCGAAGAGGAAAAUGGUAGUGGAAUACUAUCCUUGGGUAGUAUAGAAGAACCUGAUGUAUUGGAAUGCUGGGAGGCUGAGACGAUUGAACCUGUGAUAACCCCAAAAAAGAUGUUACAAUGUCGAGGUGUAUCGUGCGAGGGUGAGGCUGGUGAAGAGGACAACAUCGAAGUGAAACAAGUCAACGUGGACUACGUGCAGAAGUACUACAGAUUGGCACGGGAGAGUGCUACCAGCGUAGAGGAGGAUCUAAGCUCUAAGAUAAACGUAGAUUCAGUGCCAAAUCGUUCUGAGGAAACGACUACGGGGGAGGUUUCGACAGAAAGGGGGACCGAUACGAAUAACAUACCUAUUGAUGAAGCUAUUGAGGUAUAUGAAAGUUGUUACACGGGAAAGGCACCGUUUUUGGCCAUGGAUUCUAAGGUUUUUAAGUCACGAACGUUGUACGGGCAGGAGGGCGAAGGUCCUAUACCAUGCAGAGCGGUUUGUUGUAUCAUUCAAUGAGCCUCCUUACGAGUACUUCACCACAGGUACCCACGUCCCGGUAUAGUACUGAUGUCAAAGGCCGUCCUUUUCUAAGCAACGUAAUGCCUCUGACGUUUUACUCCUUUUGCUGGUAUAUCGAUGGACAUACACGCCAUACACGUUCAUUUUUUUUAUGUUCUUAAUUGCGUUAAAGAAUGUUUAACGAACAUCUGCGUGGGCGAUAGAUGUUCAAUGGUAUUUAGGGGCACGCUCAAGGACAACGGUUGAAUACAGCAGAAGCCUACGUGUAUUGCUACUCAUUUCUGUAAAUAGCUUUUAAGAGAUCGCUCGCGAAUCGUGUUUCAUGGAGUCUUUUGGUAAAUUAUUGUAUGCAUGAAAGCAUAUACAUAAAUAUACGAUAUUUUUUUGACAUUAUUGUCAACGAUGUAACACUUGGUGCA